CUUUCAUAGAAGCGCAUUGUUGUCCUCAUCAUCGAGAGAAUCACCCUGUCCCCCACAGACAACCAUGCGUGCCGCCUUCGUCGCAAAGAUGGCUGGUCCUGUCCGCACUUCCAUGGUGCGCCCAAUGCUGACUCGUCAGUUCCAUUACCAGAAGGGCACGGCCAAAGACAUGAUGCAGAAGUCGUGCUACUAUGGCGUGAACUUCGUGAUCCAGCACGACGCGACGGUGUUUGAUGCAAUCACCCGUAUGGCUGGUAUCAACUUGGGCUGCCUGGCCGUCUCCGACGAGAACAACCAGUUUGUCGGCGUGGUGAGCGAGCGGGACUACCUCAAGAAGGUGGAAUUGCAAGGAUUGACGGCGAAAUCGACGUUGAUUUCCCAGAUCAUGACACAUCGAGCCCGCCUUGUGGUGGCCAAAGAGAACGAAUCCCCCGAGAAGCUCAUGACGAAAAUGCUUAACAGCGACGUUCGCCAUCUGCCCGUCGUGGACGCCAACAACGACAUCAUUGGGAUGCUUUCGAUCAAGGACAUUGUCCGAGAGGUCAACCGCGAACAUCGCGCCGACUUGGACACGUUGGCGAGCUUUUCGUUGGGCAAAGGAGGGCACUUCGUGCUGGAUUAGAUGGAAUUAUAACGACAACUAUUCAUUCCACUAUUUGUCCCAUGGCGCUACCUUGCCGUUGUCGACGAACACAGCCGACAAGUGCUGAUCCAUGUGUUAUCAAUGUCGAGGUCACAAUGCCAAGUGCAAGUUGAACACGAGGAAUGCUAUUGUGAUUUGCCCCUUC